GGAGUUCAGGGCCCAGGCCUUGCCUCGGCUUGUCCAAAGGAGGCCUAGGCCAGGCCUCUGGUGGGGAAACUGAGUCACAGGCAGCCCCCCCCCCCCCUCCAGGGCACGGCCUGGACGCGUGUGAGCCAAGUUAGGGGUAGGGGGCAUAGCCCCUGGGGGGGUCUCCGAGACUAAGGGGGGUAGGGGGCUUCAGGGCCUCCCAGUCCACCGCCGGAUUGGCGAGUGAGACGCUUGUAGAUCCAAGGUUGGAUUGGGGUGGGGUCUCUGGGACGUUGGCUAGCGAGGCGAGGAUUGGGGGGAUUUAAGUGCUUAGAGAUCGAAGGCAGGCCUUGAGUAGGGGGAGUCAGACAAUUGGAAAGCCGAGGUGGUUAUUUGGGGAGGGGUCUCGGCGCCCGCCUGGCUCGAGGCCUUGUCCAGGCAGGUGUCUGUGAAGGGUGGGCCCGACCCGGCCAGGCCAAGAGCAAGAAAAGUGAACAAACCAGGAGUGCUAAGUGGGCGGGGGGCCCCUGAGCGGGGGGUCACAAAGGGUGAGACAUGGCCACCAGGCGUUUAACCGACGCUUUCUUGUUGUUGCGGAAUAAUUCCAUCCAAAACCGGCAGCUGUUAGCCGAGCAAGAGCAAUCAAAAGGGGGAGAUUUUUUAAAUGCCUUGGUUAGUGGAUCUUUAUUUUUAGUCAACUUUAGAGCUGUUUAAAAUCAAAGUGUUUCUCAACUGACCAUGCCUUAUCUGUCUGUCCCCAUCCUUCUUUCUUUUUUGCUAUCCCUAACUGGAUGGGACUGAUGGGAACAACAUGUCUCUUCAGGAGCUGGACGAGCUUGCCGACGACCGUAUGGCUCUGGUGUCGGGCAUUAGCUUAGAUCCAGAAGCAGCAGUCGGCGUGACAAAGCGGUCGCCCCCUAAAUGGGUGGACGGAGUGGACGAAAUACAGUACGACGUUGGCCGCAUCAAACAGAAAAUGAAGGAAUUAGCCAGCCUUCACGACCAGCAUUUAAACAGGCCCACCCUGGACGACAGCAGUGAGCAGGAACACGCCAUUGAAAUCACCGCCCAAGAGAUCACUCAGCUCUUCCACAGGUGCCAGCGCGCCGUGCAGGCUCUGCCCGGCCGGGCCCGCAGGGCCCGCUCCGACCAGGAGGAGCGGCUCCUUCGCAACGUCGUGGCCUCCCUGGCCCAGGCCCUGCAGGAGCUGUCGGCCAGCUUCCGGCACGCGCAGUCGGGCUACCUCAGACGCAUGAAGAACCGAGAGGAAAGAUCCCAGCAUUUUUUUGAUACAGCAGUACCACUAAUGGAUGAUGGAGACGAUAAUACUCUCUAUGAUCGGGGUUUCACAGAUGACCAGUUAGUGCUGGUGGAACAGAACACACUGAUGGUGGAGGAGAGGGAGCGGGAGAUACGCCAGAUCGUGCAAUCCAUUUCUGACCUGAAUGAAAUCUUUAGGGACUUAGGAGCGAUGAUCGUGGAGCAGGGUACAGUCCUUGAUAGAAUUGACUAUAAUGUCGAGCAGUCCUGCCUCAAAACCAAAGACGGCCUGAAGCAGCUUCACAAGGCAGAGCAGUAUCAGAAGAAGAAUCGGAAGAUGCUUGUGAUUUUAAUAUUAUUUGUCAUCAUCAUUGUCCUCAUUGUUGUCCUGAUCAGCGUGAAGUCUCGCUAGGCGGCCGUGCGGCCACGUGGGCCACCCGUGUGCGCUCCCGGGCGCGAGGGGCUCGGCCGCCCUGCGGGCACAGCGGAGGCGCGGGCUGCGGACCCCGUGGGGGCGGCGAGCGCCUGCCCGGACCCCUCGUCACGGUCGUGCUCCAGCAGGGGGAUGAGCCGCUGUUUCUCCUUCACUGUCAAGAAUUUAAGGACCUUUGAUGCUGCUGCAGAAUAGAGAUUGAGUUCUGUCAUCAGUUAUAAUAUAUAUUUUUUUUAGAAAGAGAAAAUGAGUUGAAUGUUUACAGGCACUCCGCAAGCUGUUCGAUAUUGUAUGUGCAUAUGCUAUUUUUUUAGCAGUCAUGUCUGAGCAGCAUGUAAAAAUAAUUUUUGGAAACGUUUUUUAAAAACCAUCUGGUUUUUAAGAAAUUUGGUACCAAAAAUUUAUGAGUAGAGGCAAAAAUGCCUCUUCAUCUUUCUCUGUAUAUUUUCCAGUUGAAAACAAACUGAGAAGUCCUUUAAGAAUUUAUAAUCCGUUCCCCAUUAACUUAAUUUAGCUUUUCCAUCACUGUUAAUGAUCAGAGUAACAAAGUGUGAAAAAUAAGAAACCAUCAUCGAUGUUAAUUAACACAUUUAGAUGGGCCAGUUAAAACAGCUUCAUAAGUUUAAAUUAAUCGUAAAUGGACUAUUCCUCAUUUAGAGUCUGUGCACUGCAUUUUCUACCGUAAACCAAAAGGGGUUACCAAACAAAACCACCUAAAUUUAAAAGUUGGUGAUUUGAACCAACCUCACCUGAAAACACGAAAAAGGGAAGCUUGGCCGUGUCAUGAAAGUCACCAGAAUCAGCCAGUGUGCCCCUGUCCUCGUCCCCAGCCAUCCUUGCUCAAUCCAUUACUUAUACACUAACUACAUAAUGACCUGUUCAAACUAGCCACCAUUUAAUGAACUGUGAAUUUACACAGAGGCCAUUCUAAAUGGGUCACCCCAUUUAGGAUUAGUGGAUCUCAAAUUAUUAACCAAACAUCACUCCAUUUCAAAGUAAAAUAUUCCACCAGGGGUAUGAUUUAUCGGCUCUUGCGUUGCUACUUAACAUGCCCAGAAAGUAAGCACGUUCCGACAGAUGGUGAAAAUCUUGAUUAGAAGUCCCUCAUUCGUGCGAGCAUGAAUCAGAUCGGCAGAGUGGGACUUUGCCGUUUUCUUACCUAUUAUCACUAUGGUGCUCGAAUAUAUUCCCGGAACUGUAGAACAAUGUGGAAAGCGAUGAUAGCUUUGAAAGCUCAACUUGUUCAUGUUUUUACUUGGUCUUGAGACGCCAGUAUAGUUCUAACGGUCUUUGUAUAAUUUUCGAUGGCUUUUCCAUUGUUUUGUACCUCUCCUGAGAAGUUUGUGAAGAGCGUGACCUCAUUAAAUGUGCUAUGUUUUAUUUGGA